AUGGAGGUGUGUGUGGCGAGGGCUGCUGCCGUCACGCAGCGAAAUGGGGAGGAUCGGAUCUUGGGGAUCUUGUCAGGAGAUGCUCUGGCGGGUCACCGAGCAGUGCAAGAUGCCGAAAAGGCGCUGGAGCGAUACUCAACUGGGUUUCUGGGCGAGGAGGAUCUCAUCCACUUGAUGCACAUCGAACAGUCUCUUGAAGAGGAGCUUCUGGGCAUCGACCAGACACUCAUGGCAAAUCUGUCACCAGAGGUGUUGAACAGACUGGCAGCAAGGGCCACAGCAGUGACUGCAGCUGAGGUGGUGGCUGCAGGUACUGCAGUCCAGUUCCACAGAACUGCACAACCUCUAUGCAACCCUGCCCAUCAUGUGCAAGUGUCACAUGUGGAGGAGCAUGGCAUUGAGAGUGACUCAUGUUGGGCUCUGGGGGAUGGCCUUUCAGAACGACUGGGUUAUGCCACUCGUUCAAAGCUUGCAAGAGCAAGAAGUCCUCCCGAUGGUCCACUAGAGGAGCCUCCAGAAAGCAGCACCGAGGUCUUGGCCCCACCUCCGCCAUCCGAGUAUUGCCCCUCGCACUCUGUUGAAGAAAAAGGGUACCCUCAGGGGUGGACCCCAUCGGCCUGCACAGGGCCAAGGCGCUGGAGCACUGUAUACGACAGGACGUAUGCAUGGAAAAAGAGGAGAGAGAACAAAUAUGCGUUGGAGAAACAGAGGAAGGAAGACGACUGUAUGAAGGAAUGCACAUUCUCUCCAAGCAUUAACCGCAGGGGUUCAUCAAAGGCCGAUUGUGAAUCCAUGUCGGAGAAAAGGGAAAGAGCGAUGUCGAGUUGCUUGGAGGACAAGGCACCCAUUAGGAAUGCAAUGCAGCCAUCAGGAAGGCACACAAAAUCAGCACACUGCAAUGCUGCUCAGACCAUCUGUUCGGAUGGGUCCCAGGGUUCCACCUCUAUGGAAGCCUGCCUCCGUCUGUACACCCUGGCCCGCCACCAGCGCUGGCGGCAGCAGGAGAGUGUGGAGCGACGGCUCUGGGAGGAGCGGCAGCAGCUGGAGGCGUCGGUCACGCGGCCAGUGCCCCUGUCAGGAAAGAUAUACGGUGAAGGCUGUGGACAAGGCACAGCCAGGCCCAAGCUGCGCCCACUGCCAACAGGAAUGGAAGAAUGCACCUUUCACCCCAGGACCAAUGUGCACAGAAGCUGGUCGAGCUCUGGGCACCUGUUUGAUGUUGAAGGCCAGGAGGAGAGUGCACACUCUGAGAGGAGUAGCGAUGAGCCCAAUGACAAACAACCAGUGCCAGAGCAUUCGGAUUUGACUGGAUGCGAAGAGGGGGGCACAGCAUCUGGUGGCCACACACCCAGGAUAACUGCCAAGUCGUCGAAGCCACAGGCCUUCUCAAGCUUGUUGGAGCAACUCAAGAAUGGCCUUGCUGUUUCAGCCUCAGAAGUUAAUGUCAAGGAAUUCCUCAAACGGCAGGCGACCUUCGCCGAAAACAGAGAGCAGAAGCUGGAGGAAAUGAGGAGGGUUGUGGUAACAGGGCCACAGAUGUCUCCUGGUUCAAGGAAAAUUCUGGAGGAGUGGGACAAGGAGGCCUCGAGGAGUAGGAAUGGGCCACAGGAGAGUUUGGAAGAAGGGAAGGGUGGGGAGGCAGAGAGUGAGGGCAAGGAUGGCAAGCCAGGGGGGGGCUCAUUGCCAUUGAGCACAGGUGGAUGUCACAAGGGAAAGGCUGCAGGGAAGGCAGACUGUGUGCCGUACCCGGGCUGCACCUUUAAGCCCAAGAUCACUGAGAAGGCGCAGAAGAUGCCCCCACGCUCGUACGAUGCGAUGAGCACUGCAGAGCUGAGGCGAAGAGAGGCAGUAUUGGAGUUAAAGCGCGUUGAGAAGGAAGCUGCAGAACUGGCUGGGGUCACUUUCCAUCCGGACCUCAGCAGCACCAAAGGCUACAACGAGGUUGUGGCAGUCCACCCAACAGUAAGUUUCCAGCAACCUGAGCUCUACAUGGCUGCCUUGAGAGACAGGCAAGCCAGGCGCCAAGCGGAAAGCAAACUGGCAGAAGUGGAUCGUGAGAGGCAGGAGCUUUGGGAGUGCACCUUUCGUCCAAGGACCAGGACACUUCCAGCAUACAUCAUCAAGAGGGCAAAGUCGCUGGCGGCCAAGGAGAGCGACCUCAGCCACACCAGGGCGGCAUGCAAGAUCAAGCCACAGUGGCUGUGA